CAUCCCUUGUGCAGAAUAUUACAAGUCAGCAGCCAAGUAAAGAUUGACCUUUCAUUCCGUUAGGCAGUCAGUCGUGAGGGAUCUAUCAAGGUAAGUGUCUCAUGAAAUCGUCUGCUACUCUGUGUGAUGUUUACAAAUGCUGGCGUUUUUACUUAAUACAGUAGCUAGUUAAUAAAUUCAGGAACGUAUUAAUUUAGCUAGCUAACGUUAGCUAGCUAAUCCUUGGUUUUCACUGCUAGUCAUGGGGAUGUGGCUAGUCACUGUUGUGCAUGCUAUGCGAAACAAUGUCCCCAUGCUAAAGUUCACUCAAAUAUAUUGGUUGAUUUGCAAAAUGGCUAGUUGAAAAAGUCAUCGCUACCUAUGGGCUGCUCUCUCUCUCUCGCGCUGACUGUCACUGUCACACACACGGUUGUCGACCUGUAGCCUACAUCACUCAGGGCCUGCGUCCUCUCUCCCUGCUGAAGACAGUGAUACUAUGCUGCCUGAUAAGGAUGGACUAUGUGGUGGUGGUGGAGGCCAGGCCACAUCGGGAGAAGACCCCUCAGUGAGCCUGUUUAGAGAGUACCUCCGCCUCAGGACUGUCCACCCAGAGCCUGACUAUGGUAAGUUAUGGAUCUGUGUUCAAUGUCUCUAUACGGUGGAUGUACAUCUUCUAUGAUAAUGUCUGCAUCCAAAAUGUGACACUUCUCUAUAUAGUGCACUACUUCUCACCAUAUAGUAGGAAAUAGGGUGCUAUUUGGGACAUAGACAAUGUCACACUUUGUGUGGACAAGGUUUUGUGUACACCACCACACAGUAUCAUACAUCUAACCAAUAUACAGUGCAUUCGGAAAGUAUUCAGACCCCUUCACUUUUUCAACAUUUUGUUAUUCUAAAAUUGAUCAAAUAGAUUUUUUCCCUCAUCAAUCUAAACACAAUAGGGAAAGGGGGAUACCUGGUCAAUUGUACAACUGAAUGCAUUCAACUGAAAUGUGUCUGUCGCAUUUAACCCAACCCCUCUGAAUCAGAGAGGUGCGGGGUGCUGCCUUAAUCAACAUCCACAUCAUAGGUUAACUGCCUUGCUCAGGGGCAGAACAACAGAUUUUUACAUUGUCAGCUCGGGGAUUCGAUCCAGCAACCUUUCAGUUACUGGCCCAACGCUCCUACCCGCCAGGCUACCUCAUAAUGACAAAGCAAAAAUAGGUUUUUACAUUUACGUAAGUAUUCAGACCCUUUACUCAGUACUUUGUUGAAGAACCUUUGGCAGCGAUUAUAGCCUUGAGUCUUCUUGGGUAUGACGCUACAAGCUUGGCACACCUGUAUUUGGGGAGUUUCUCCCAUUAUUCUCUGCAGAUCCUCUCAAGCUCUGUCAGGUUGGAUGGGGAGCGUCGCUGCACAGCUAUUUUCAGGUCUCUCCAGAGAUGUUCGAUCGCAUUCAAGUCUGGGCUCUGGCUGUGCCACUCAAGCACAUUCAGAGACUUGUCCUGAAGCCACACCUGGGGUGUCCUGGCUGUGUGCUUAGGGUCGUUGUCCCGUUGGAAGGUGAACCUUCACCCCAGUCUGAGGUCCUGAGCGCUCUGGAGCAGGUUUUCAUCAAGGAUCUCUUUUCUUUUGCCAUGUUCAUCUUUCCCUCGAUCCUGACUAGUCUCCCAGUCCCUGCUGCUGAAAUACAUCACCACAGCAUGAUGCUGCCACCACCAUGCUCCACCAUAGGGAUGGUGCCAGGUUUCCUCUAGACGUGACGCUUGGCAUUCAGGCCAAAGAGUUCAAUCUUGGUUUCAUCAGACCAGAGAAUCUUGGCAAACUCCAAGCGGGCUGUCAUGUGCCUUUUGCUGAGGAGUGGCUGCCGUCUGGCCACUCUACCAUAAAGGCCUGAUUGUGGAGUGCUGCAGGGAUGGUUGUCCUUCUGGAAGGUUCUCCCAUCUCCACAGAGGAACUGUGGAGCUCUGUCAGAGUGACCAUUGGGUUCUUGGUCACCUCCCUGACCAAGGCCCUUCUCCCCCGAUUGCUCAGUUUGGCUGGGCAGCCAGCUCUAGGAAGAGUCUUGGUGGUUCCAAACUUCUUCCAUAAAAGAAUGAUGAAGGCCACUGUUUUCUUGGGGACCUUCAAUGUUGCAGACAUUUUUUGCUACCCUUCCCCAGAUCUGUGCCUCGACACAAUCCUGUCUUGGAAAUCUACGGACAAUUCCUUCGACCUCAUGGCUUGGUUUUUGCUCUGACAUACACUGUCAACUGUGGGACCUUAUAUAGACAGGUGUGCACCUUUCCAAAUCAUGUCCAAUCAAUUGAAUUUACCACAGGUGGACUUCAAUGAAGUUGUAGAAUCAUCUAAAUUAUGAUCAAUGGAAACAGGAUGCACCUGAGCUCAAUUUCGAGUCUCAUAGAAAAGGGUCUGAAUACUUAUGUAAAUAAGGUAUUUCUGUUUUUUUUUAUUUUGAUACAUUUGCUAACAUUUCUAAAAACCUGUUUUCACUUUGACAUUAUGGGGUAUUGUGUGUAGAUUGACAUUUUUAAUAAAUUUUAGAAUAAGGCUUUAACGUAACAAAAUGUGGAAAAAGUCAAGGGGUCUGAAUACUUUACGAAUGCACUGUAGCUACCAUAAAUAAGUGAUCUACUGUACAAUCCUUUCUUCAACCCUUAACACUGGACUAUAUAAAGCUGAAAGAAAUAAAUCGGACUGAAGGCAAGCACUUGGCUAAUUAUUACCUGCCAUGGUGUAAGGUCCACUUCUUAUCAGUAACGUAACUUUUGGAUUACCCAAGCUCAGUAGCAGGCGCCGAACCGAAUGAGUGUGCUCGCAUACUCCCUUAAAAGACAUUUGCUUGAAAAAUGAGAAAAAGCAGCAAUAGUACUGUUUGUUCAUUUUGAGUUGGCGUAGCCAGUAUACUUCCUCAAAAUAGUCACAAUUGAUCUAAGAUAACUCAAGAAAUCUUAGUCGUGCAAUUGUACAUCUAACUAAGAUUUUUAGUGCAGUAUUUCUCAAUGAAAAAAUGUGCAUGAAAACGAGUUGUCUCGUUGAAUGACAACAGACUUUUUAUUGAAGAAUCCCUACAGUUGACCAAUCACUGACGAAGGGCUGUAGACUUCGGCUCCGAACUUCGGCAUGCCUCCAGAAUUUUUGGGGCGUGCCCGAACAACCUAAAAAACGCUCUCUGAAAACGAACAAAAACGUCACAAAAUGUAAUCAUAAUAUAUGCAUAAACUCCACCAAACUGUUUCGGCUAGGAAGCAUGGGGACGCCUUUAGGCCUAUGGAUUGAGCAAUAAAAGCCCCACUGUGAUCUUCUUAAAUUAAACUUGUUUUUGACCGUGUGGAGCGCAACACCACAGAGGAAUACCACAGUUGUACAACUUUUAUUCCAUAGGCUGGGAUCCGCACUAUGCAGCAAUUGCAAGAGCGCAUUUUUCACUGGCUGUCCAUCUGGUUGCAAAAACAAUGAUUGAUAGGCAGCUUAAACUUCUUCAUAUCAGCCAUUAUUGGGCUAAAAUGCACAUGCAUUUGUGAACAGCUAUCCACAACAAUCACGGCGCAAAUAGCUAAAUGAGAGAGCAGCGGUUUGAUUUAUAUCGUUGUUCUCUGUAGAAAGGUCGCUGGUUCUAAUCCCCAAGCCGACUAGGUGAAAAAUCUGUCGAUGUGCCCUUGAGCAAGGCACUUAACCCUAAUUGCUCCUGUAAGUCGCUCUGGAUAAGAGCGUCUGCUAAAUGACUAAAAUGUAAAUGUAAAUAUCAAUUAGUGAUAUCCGUGUUGCCCGUAGGCUACACCACUGCUGUCAUCUUUACCUCCAAGCGUUUAUUCAAAUUGGAUGUACAAUCUUUGGAUGCCGACAGCAGUCGCACCAUUGGAAGACAUAGCUUGGACUGUAGCCUACCAAAAGCCUAUUCCUGCUCUUUUCCCACGAUGCAUCAAAUGGAUUUGGUGUGCCAUCAUAGUGAUCUGAUUUGUGGUCAGAUUCGCUAAGGCGGAACAAACUUAAACUCAAGCCUUUUUUCAGUGUUGAUUUGUAAGUCAUUGAGGAAAAAGAAAGGUGUCAUAAAGAUCUUUUUCGCAAACAUCAUUUCUGAAUUUAAAAGUAAUCCUAGAAGUAAUCCUAGUUUUUCAAACGUGUCUGUAAUCUGAAUACAAUAUUUUUGCUGGUAAUUUAACAGAUUACAGUUAGUUUUUUGUAAUCUGUUACUCCCCAACUGUGGUUAUAGCAGUAAACCCUAUGUAAUCUGUUACUCCCCAACUGUGGUUAUAGCAGUAAACCCUAUGUAAUCUGUUACUCCCCAACUGUGGUUAUAGCAGUAAACCCUAUGUAAUCUGUUACUCCCCAACUGUGGUUAUAGCAGUAAACCCUAUGUAAUCUGUUACUCCCCAACUGUGGUUAUAGCAGUAAACCCUAUGUAAUCUGUUACUCCCCAACUGUGGUUAUAGCAGUAAACCCUAUGUAAUCUGUUACUCCCCAACUGUGGUUAUAGCAGUAAACCCUAUGUAAUCUGUUACUCCCCAACUGUGGUUAUAGCAGUAAACCCUAUGUAAUCUGUUACUCCCCAACUGUGGUUAUAGCAGUAAACCCUAUGUAAUCUGUUACUCCCCAACUGUGGUUAUAGCAGUAAACCCUAUGUAAUCUGUUACUCCCCAACUGUGGUUAUAGCAGUAAACCCUAUGUAAUCUCGGUGUCUGUGACUAGUAGCCUAACUCCAGUCUUUGCCACUUUAAGAAUAUUGAGCUCAGAGUCCCCUUGAUUGAACUCAAAAUGGAAAGGUUAUGGUUACAGAUUGUCAGUCUUUAUGGUGGGAAAACAACAUCUAAGUAAUUAUUAAACAGGAGAGAGAGUGAGAGUGUAUUUUCUAACUGUGGAAGUUAAUUUCAAACAGGCCUCGAUUUAGACCAACACAAGUUUUACUCAUUACUGUACCUAUGUAUUUUGGUUUUCUGUAUUAGACUACUCUAACCCUUGUCAUAGUGUAACAGUCUUGGCCCAUGGGUUGUGUUUAUCUCUUUACAGAUGCUGCUCUGAGGUUCCUGGAUAGAAUAGCAGAGGAGCUUGGGCUGCCCAUGAAGAAAAUUGAGGUGUGUGUGUGUGGUUGGGUACAUCUCUUUGACAUUCAACUCUUCACACACUAGACCUCAUGUCAACUCUGUCCUCCUCACACCUGUCCGUAGGUCUGCCCCGGUAGAGUUGUGUCUAUCAUGACCUGGCAGGGGACCAACCCUACUCUGAAGUCCAUCCUGCUCAACUCCCAUACUGACGUUGUGCCUGUUUACCAGGUAAAUACCUGGGCCUGUAUUCAUAAAGCAUAUCAGAGUAGUACUGAUCUAGGAUCCGUUUUGUGUUUUAGAUCACAUUAAAUAAGAUCCAUGGACAGGGGGGACCUGAUCUUAGAUCAGCACUCUCAGUCUGAGACGCCCCUUGAAACCCCCUGUCGUCUUUACCACUAGUGAGAGGGGAAACGCAUGGAAAGGAACUCAUCCUAUGAAUGUGUCUCAUUCUAGGAACACUGGAAGUAUGAUUCGUUUGCUGCUGUGAAAGACCCAGAGGGCAACAUCUACGCUCGGGGAACACAGGACAUGAAGAGUGUCACCAUACAGUGAGUGUGAUGUCAUCACCACCCUGUUGGGAUAUUCUAUCGUAAGACAGCGGGUCAAAACUCCCAUUUAGGGUUGCAAAAUGUUGGUAACUUUCCCCAAAUUCCUAGGUUUUCCAGAAAUCCUAGUGGGUAUAUUAGUGGAAUCAGGAGGGAAUAAGCAUACAAUCUGGAACCCUCCAACCAGGAUUUCUUGAAAACCUGGGAAUUUUAGGAAACUUGCCAGAAAUGUGCAACUGUACUCCAAUUUCUAUGUUACCAGUGUCCUUCACAUCUCCCGUUUUUUUUAUUUUUUAUUUGCCUCAUAACCAAUAUGGCUACUGCUCGAUGUCUCCCAUAGGUAUAUCCAGGCCAUCAGAAGACUUAAAGCAGAAGGAAAGAAGUUUAUGCGCACCAUCCACCUAAUGUUUGUGCCAGGUAGCCAAUGACCGCUCAUCCUAAAACGGGCUUCUCAGAAUGUAAAACUGUGAUAACACUGUAAUAAUGUUGUAAUGGCAUGGGUGCGACCCAAAAGGCACCCUAUUUCUUAUAUAGUGCACUACUUUUGACCAGAGCCCUAUUGGCCUUGAUCAAAAGUAAUGCACUAUAUAGGGAGGAGGAUGCCAUUUGAAACUCAAUCCAUCAUUUGACACGGGCAUAGACAAUUUAAAAGCACUUUUGAUACCUUCUGAUAUAAAAAGGGCAUUGUAAAUAAAUGUGAUUGAUUGAGAUAUGCUUUAUUACUCUUUGCUCUGGAUUUGACACUUUGAAUGUCUUAGAUGAGGAGGUCGGAGGUCACAAAGGAAUGGAGACGUUCGUGAAGCUCCCAGAGUUUCAGGAAUUAAACAUUGGCUUUGCACUUGACGAAGGUAAAUAAACAAAAAACCUUUUCACCUUAUUAACACCCAAAUAUAAACAGAGGCCUGCAUCCCAAAUUACACACUAUUCUCUUUAUAGUGCACUACUUUUGACCAGGCCCCAUAGGGCUCUGGUGAAAAGUAGUGCACAAUGUAAGGAAUAGGGUGCCACUUGGGAUAUACUCAGAGACUAUCCAGCACUGAAACGAACACUUCCUUAGGCCCUAUACUUCCCUUUUGUCACCUGAUAUCUGUAUGUUUUAGGUCUUGCCAACCCUGGGGAAGCCUUCACUGUCUUCUAUGGCGAGAGGAAUCCCUGGUGUAAGUAUCAGCCCUGAGUAUUAGAGAUUCUGGCCCUAACUGUAACAAUGAAGAAUGAUCAAAUACACACGAGCACCCAGCAGUACGCACAAGAAAUGUAUCCUCCUCUCACCCUGGCCUUAGUCUGUCUGUGAUCCUAUCUCAAUUAGUCUUUCCUCGAUUCCUAUCUCCUCGCCUCCUUCUCCAACCUGGACUCUGGGGUAGACGUAACAUUGUAAAUGAAAAUCCGGGACACUCAAAUGACUAUGAUAUGUUACUUUUGGUAUGGUAUGUACACUGAACAAAAAUAUAAACGCAACGUGCAACAAUUUCAAAGAUUUUACUGCGUUGCAGUUCAAAUAAGGAAAUCAGUCAAUUUAAAUAAAUUAAUUAGGCCCUAAUCUAUAGAUUUCACAUGACUAGGCAGGGUGCAGCCAUGAGUGGGCCUGGAAGGGCAUAGGCCCACCAACUUGGCAGCCAGGCCCACCCACUGGUGAGCCAGCCCCAGCCAAUCAGAGUGAGUUUUUCCCCACAAAAGGGCUUUAUUACAGACAGAAUUACUCCUCAGCACCACCCACCCCCCCUCAGACGAUCCCGCAGGAGAAGAAGACAGAUGUGGAGGUCCUGGGUUGGCACGGGUACACGUGGUCUGCGGUUGUGAAGCCGAAUGGACGUACUGCCAAAUUCUCUAAAAUGACGUUGGAGGCAGCUUAUGGUAGAGACAUGAACGUUCAAUUAUCUGCUAACAGCUCUGGUGGACAUUCCUGCAGUCAGCAUGCCAAUUGCACAUUCCCUCAAAACUUGAGACAUCUGUGGCAUUGUGUUGUGACACAACUUCACAUUUUAGUGGCCUUUUAUUGUCUCCAGCACAAGGUGCACUUGGGUAAUGAUCAUGCUGUUUAAUCAGCUUUUUGAUAUGCUACACCUGUGGAUGGAGAAAUGCUCACUAACAGGGAUGUGAACAAAUUUGUACAAUUCGUAUGAUAUGUUACAACUUGCAAUUCGUACGAUAUGUUACGAAUUCCAAUUUGUUGUGGCUAACGUUAGCUAGAUGGCUAAUGUUAGCUAGGCUAAGGGUUAGGUUUAGGAGUUAGGUUAAAGGGGUAAGUUUAGGGGAAGGAUUAGCUAACAUGCUAAGUAGAUACAAAGUAGCUAGUAAGUAAGUGUUUAUAGUUGUUUAUUAGCUAAAAUGCUAAAGUUGUCCGUGAUGAGAUUUGAACACGCCACCUUUGGGUUGCUAGACGUUCGCCUUUUACCAACCACUCUACUUUAGUUUUUGCCUUAAAGGGGAAAUAUGCAGUAGCUACAUCCUGUUUUGGACUUUAAAAUUAUAUGUACCCAUUGAUUCUUGAAGAGUAUAACUUAUAAAUGCCUCAUGAGCUUAGUUCAGCUGUCAUACCCCAUCAGAACCCUAAAUAUAAGCUUAUUUUACUCCAAUGUUUGUAAACCAUGUAAAUGUAAACAAAUACUGUAUAGCCUCAAAACAUGGUUAAAACUAUCAUUUUGAUAUGGAUGGUCAGUCCUUGCAUCCAUAGCUAUGUCUAUGAAUUUGAGAGUGGUUACAUUUUUCCAGCCCCAUCCAUCAGUGUUUUUGUGAAACUUACGGGGAGGGGUUUUGUUAUUCUUUCAACUGCUGAUUGCCGCUUUAACAUUUACAUUUGACAUUUUAGUCAUUUAGCAGAUGCUCUUCACAGGAGGUUGGUGGCACCUUAAUUGGGGAGGACAGGCUCGUGGUAAUGGCUGGAGCGGAAUGGGUGGAAUGCCAUUCCAUUAACUCCGUUCCGUCCAUUAUUAUGAGCCGUCCUCCCCUCAGCAGCCUCCACUGAUUCUCUUAUCCACGUUAGGUUAUAUGUAACCAUACCAAAUGUAACAUAUCAUAUUAUUAAUUAGUGUCCCAGAUUUUCAUUUACUAUGUUAAGUCUAGUCUGAGACCAGUCUGCCUUCUCAAAUGUAUUGGAGAAGAAGGUCCAAGGAUCCUCCCCUCAGACCUUUUCCACCAAUGUGUUUUGAGAAAGAGGCGAGGAGAGAGGAUGUGAAAAAUAAUUUUUGGGAGAAAGAGCCUGUGUCUGUUUCCCUCAGGGAUAACGGUCCACUGCCCAGGCAGUCCUGGCCACGGCUCCAGGUUUGUGGAGAACACAGCUGCAGAGAAACUGGUAAGACUUCCUUUGUUCACAGCUAGAGGGACUUUGUGUGUCACAAAUAGCACCUUAUUCCCUGUGGGCCUUGGUCAAAUGUAUGGGCACUAUAGAGAAUAGGCGGAAGGUAGUCUAGCGGUUAAGAGCGUUGGGCCAGUAACUGAAAGGUUGCUGGUUUGAAUCCCUGAGCCAACUAGGUGGAAAAUCUGUUAAUGUGCCCUUGAGAAAUGCACUUAAUCCUAAUUGCUUUUGUAAGUCGCUCUGGAUAAAAGUGUCUGCUAAAUUACUCAAAUGUAGGUCACCAUUUUGGACACAGCCCUUGUCCGCACACACACUAUAGUUCCCGUGGCCAACUUGGCCAAAGAGAGCAGAAAAGGGUUCUGAUUCUGAUCACUUGGAGGAUGAUGAUGUCAGUGACCUCACCUGCUUUUGUCUGUCUCCCUUUUCUCAGCGCAGUAUUAUCAACUCCUUCCUGGACUUCAGAGAGAAGGAGAAACACAGGUCAGUAAGGCAGGAAGAGAGAUGAGUUCAGUCACUAGAGGGAGCCAUAGCUACUUAACAGGAAAGUGAUUUUAGUAUUUGUGUGUGUGUUGAAGGUUGAACACCAGCGAGUGUUUCACUCUUGGUGACGUCACCACCGUCAACAUGACCAUGGUGAAAGGAGGCGUGGCCUACAACGUCAUCCCUGCCGAGAUGGACGUCAGCUUCGACUUGAGAAUACCACCCACAGUCAAUUUGCAGGUGUGUCUGUGUGCCUUGUGUGCUAGGGAGGGGCAUUUGAAAUUAUCAACGUUGGGGAAGCUAAUCUGAAUAUGUAGUUUACCAAACUACCAACUAAGUUAAGCUACGCUAAAGCUACCCUUAAGAAAAAGAAAGUUACUUUGAAAAGGUAGGUCACUACAUCCAAACUACUGCUUCAUAAAUGAUCAAAUCUAACAAUAAAAGGCCACUCUAAAAUGUGCAGUUUUGUCACACAACACAAAUGUCUCAAGUUUUGAAGGAGCGUGCAGUUGGCAUGCUGACUGCAGGAAUGUCCAUCGAGCUGUUGCCAGAUAAUUUAAUGUUCAUUUAUCUACCAUAAGCUGCCUCCAACAUCGUUUUAGAGAAUUUGCAGGUUACCUUAGUGUUCUUGGGCACAGGGACUAUGGUGAUCUGCUUGAAACAUGUUGGUAUUACAGACUCAGUCAGGGAGAGGUUGAAAAUGUCAGUGAAGACACUUGCCAGUUGGUCAGCGCAUGCUCGGAGUACACGUCCUGGUAAUCGGUCUGGUCCUGCAGCCUUGUGAAUGUUGAACUGUUUAAAGGUCUUACUCACAUCGGCUACGGAGAGCGUGAUCACACAGUCAUCUGGAACAGCUGAUGCUCUCAUGCAUGUUUCAGUGUUACUUGCCUCAAAGUGAGCAUAGAAGUAAUUUAGCUCGUCUGGUAGGCUCGUGUCACUGGGCAGUUCGCGGCUGUGCUUCCUUUUCUAGUCUAUAAUAGUUUGCAAGCCCUGCCACAUCCAACGAGCGUCGGAGCCGGUGAAGUACGAUUCGAUCUUAGUCCUAUAUUGACGCUUUGCCUGUUUGAUGGUUCGUCGGAGGGCAUAGCUGUAUUUCUUAUAAGCUUCCAGGUUAGAGUCCCGCUCCUUGAAAGCGGCAGCUCUACCCUUUAGCUUAGUGCGGAUGUUGCCUGUAAUCCAUGGCUUCUGGUUGGGGUAUGUACGUACAGUCACUGUGGGGACGACGUCAUCGAUGCACUUAUUGAUGAAGCCGGUGACUGUAUGUACAUACCCCAACCAGAAGCCAUGGGCCUACAGUGCAUUCGGAAAGUGUUCAGACCCCUUGACCUUUUCCACAUUUUGUUACGUUACAGCCUUAUUCGAACAUUGAUAAAAAUUAGUUUUUUCCCCUGAUCAAUCUGCACACAAUAACCCAUAGUGAAUGGAAAUAUAACAUUUACAUAAGUAUUCAGACCCUUUACUCAGUACUUUGUUGAAGCACCUUUGGCAGUGAUUACAGCCUCAAAUCUUCUUGGGUAUGACGCUACAAGCUUGGCACACCUGUAUUUGGGGAGUUUCUCCCAUUCUUCUCUGCAGAUCCUCUCAAGCUCUGUCAAAUUGGAUGGGGUGCGUCGCUGCACAGCUAUUUUCAGGUCUCUCUGGAGAUGUUAGAUCUGGUUCAAGUCCGGGCUCUGGCUGGGCCACUCAAGGACAUUCAGAGACUUGUCCCGAAGCUACUCCUGCGUUGUCUUGGCUGUGUGCUUAGGGUCGUUGUCCUGUUGGAAGGUGAACCUUCGCCCCAGUUUGAGGUCCUGAGCGCUCUGGAGCAGGUUUUCAUCAAGGAUCUCUCUGUACUUUGCUCCAUUCAUCUAUCCCUCGAUCCUGACUAGUCUCCCAGUCCCUGCCGCUGAAACAUCCCACAGCAUGAUGCUGCCACCACCAUGCUUCAUCAUAGGGAUGGUGCCAGGUUUUCUCCAGACAUGAUGAUUGGCAUUCAGGCCAAAGAGUUCAAUCUUGGUUUCAUCAGACCAGAGAAUCUUGUUUCUGGCUGUCAUGUGCCUUUUACUGAUGAGUGGCUUCCGUCUGGCCACUCUACCGUAAAGGCCUGAUUGGUGAAGUGCUGCAGAGAUGGUUGUCCUUCUGGAAGUAGCUUAGUGGUUAAGAGCGUUGUGCCAGUAACCGAAAGGUCGCUGGUUCUAGUCCCCGAGCUGACUAGGUGAAAAAUCUGUCGAUGUGCCCUUGAGCAAGGCACUUAACCCUAAUUGCUCCUGUAAGUCGCUCUGGAUAAGAGCGUCUGCUAAAUGACUAAAAUGUAAAUGUAAAAUGUAUGGAAGGUUCUCCCAUCUCCACAGAGGAUCUGUGGAGCUCUGUCAGAGUGACCAUCGGGCCCUUCUCCCCCGAUUGCUCAGUUUGGCCGGGCGGCCAGCUCUAGGAAGAGUCUUGGUGGUUCCAAACUUCUUCAUUUUAAGAAUGAUGGAGGCCACUGUGUUCUUGGUGACCUUCAAUGCUGCGGAAAUGUUUUGGUACCCUUCCCCAGAUCUGUGCCUUGACACAAUCCUGUCUUGGACCUCUAUGGACAAUUCCUUCGACCUCAUGGCUUGGUUUUUGCUCUGACAUACACUGUCAACUCUGGGACCUUUAUAUAGACAGGUGUGUGUGUGUGUGCCUUUCCAAAUCAUGUCCAAUCAAUUGAAUUUACCACAGGUGGACUCCAAUCAAGUUGUAGAAACAUUUCAAGGAUGUUCAAUGGAAACAGGAUGCACCUGAGCUAAAUAUCGAGUCUCAUUGCAAAGGGUCCGAAUAAUUAUGUAAAUAAGGUAUUUCCGUUUUUUUCUUUUUUUAUACAUUUUCAAAAAUUUCUAAAAACUGUUUUUGCUUUGUCAUUAUGGGGUAUUGAUGAGGAUCUUUAAAAAAAAAUCAAUUUUAGAAUAAGGCUGUAACGUAACAAAAUGUGGAAAAAAUCAAGGGGUCUGAAUACUUUCCGAAUGCACUGUAUGCCCUCCCAAGCCCACCCAUGGCUGCGCCCCUGCCCAGUCAUGUGAAAUCCAUAGAUUAGGGCCUAAUUUAUUUAUUUCAAGUGACUGUUUUCCUUACGUAACUCAGUAAAAUCGUGUAAAUUGUUGCAUGUUGCGUUUAUAUUUUUGUUCAGUAUAGUUCCGCUACCGCCAAGCUACUGCAAAAUGUAGAUAAAUAGCUAAUUGAAAUACAUAGACUCCCCAACACUGGAAAUUAUUUCACUAUUCAAAUAAUAUCAUGAUUUUUUUCUUCAGAUAUCCAGAUAGACGAAAUUCUAAAAAUAAAAUAAAUUGCUCUACUCUCUUGACCAAUCAGAAUAUAGCAAAAUGCCACAACAGCAGACUGCGCAGUUGUUUUCAUGGUGCUAUAUUGGUUGUUUUUGGCUAACAGUAGCUUAGGCUAACAGCAACACAGUGAAAGAAGUCUGAUGCUCGCCAUCAUAGAACUGAUUCUGUUUCCCAAAAAGUUUUCUGGUGAGUGUUUUGCAUUGAUCUGUAUCAGGUCUAGUGGACCCUCCAUUGGUACUAGGCUAAUCGCUAUUUGAAGGGGGGAAAAUAGCAUACCGUUGUCAGGGCUGACUGGAGGGCUAAAUGUGCUAUGAUAUUGAGAGAAAAUUAGCUUGGAAAUAAAUAAAACAAUCACUUUGCGUCGUCAGAACUGUAGGAUACUUACAGUGCGCAACUGUAAAUGUGCAAUGUGCUGUCAAAGCCACGUGACGUCUGAAGCCGCAGAAGAAAACAUAAACACUACAUUCUAAAGUUUGUUGUUUUAUUAAAUGUAAGCAUUUCAAAUGUCAUGGUAUGUCCUUGUGUGUAACAAUGUAACAUGGACAAUUUCAUUUCAUUUAGACAAAGCUUUUUCAUUGUUAAAAUAGGCCUAAAAGAAAUUCUCAGAAUGAUUACUCUCACCAAGUGUUCGAAUACUAACGUCCAUUUGGAUAUCCGGAUAUUCCCUGCCCAUCCCUACUGUGCCGGGGUUAUUAUUAUACACAGUUCAGCUCAAUGUUAUCUUCAACAUUUCAAAUCUUUUAUUCCAUUGUUAGGAGUUCGAGGAGCAGAUUAAGAAGUGGUGUAAGGAGGCGGGAGAGGGCAUCACGUAUGAGUUUGCUCAGGUCAGUACAAUAAACUGCGUCUCUCCGUACACACACUUGUGUAUGAGAAUGGAGACACCUGAUCACAGAUCAGUAGAGGAUGCUAUAAAGUGUUCUCAUCUGGGUCGUAUUCACAAGGUACGAAAUGGAAGUAAACGGACCCAAACAGGGAGCGACUCCCUAAACUUUCCAAGAAGAAACACUUGUUUUGUUUUCCGUUGUGAAAUGUUUUGCUACGGUGUACAUUAAUGAAUAUGACCCAGUUGUAAAACGUUCUUUGUCCUCCUCCACAGAAACACAUGAACCAGAAUGUGACAUCCACAGAUGAGAGUGACCCUUGGUGGAACACCUUCAGCACAACCUGCAAAGCCAUGUGAGGACACACACACAUACACAUACACAGACACACACACACACACACACACACUCAGUAAAGGUUAGCUUCAUCUGAAUUUCUCUCGCCUCAGGAAAAUUACUUUGGAAAAGGAGAUCUUUCCUGCAGCCACGGACAGUCGCUUCAUCAGAGCGGUGAGUUAGAGCUAGGGCUGUUGUGGUGGCCGUAUUACCGCCACACCGGCGGUCACGAGUCAUGAAGGCAGUCAAAUUCCAUGUGACCGUUUAGUCACGGUAAUUAGGCUUCUCCAAGCUCUGAUGCUACUGAUGGUCAUUAGUAGCCUACCAAACUUGCCAACUGCCUGGUACUCAGCACUCUAUUGUCCCUCUAAUCACUCUGACAUCAAUGCAAAUAAUAUCGAAAAUCUAAUCAAACACUUCAUGAGAGCUCAUAUUGCGCAACAUUUCUAAAGGCUAUGCAAUUGUGUGAGAAAACAGAGUGAUAACCUCUAUUAAAAAGAGGAGGACCCAUCAGCUUUCUAUAGGCUAGGCCUACUAUAUUUAUUUCUCUACUUUCCUAAUAUUAAGCACAUUGCUUAUAUUUACCACAGGAGGAUAGCCUACCUGGCUGGCAUGAAAAUGAACCACGGGAAAAGCGUCCUCCAUUCGCUAUUUAAGUGCAUAGAUGACAUGUAUUUUUUCCAACUGCCCCUGUUUUGAGACAGGUGCAUGAUAAUGGUCCGUUCUAAAUCAAAACAAAUUUCACACAUAUUAUUUAGUAUACAGUACCAGUCAAAAGUUUGGACACACCUACUCAUUCCAGGGUUUUUCUUUAUUUUUACUAUUUUCUACAUUGUAGAAUAACAGUGAAGACAUAAACUAUUAAAUAACACAUAUGGAAUCAUGUAGUAACCAAGAAAGUGUUAAACAAAUCAAAAUAUAUUUUAUAUUUUUGAUUCUUCAAAGUAGCCACCCUUUGCCUUGAUGACAGCUUUGCACAUUCUUGGCAUUCUCUUAACCAGCUUCACCUGGAAUGCUUUUCCAACAGUCUUGAAGGAGUUCCCACAUGUGCUGAGCACUUGUUGGCUGCUUUUCCUUCACUCUGCGGUCCAACUCAUCCCAAACCAUCUCAAUUGGGUUGAGGUGGGGUGAUUGUGGAGGCCAGGUUAUCUGAUGCAGCACCCCAUCACUCUCCUUCUUGGUCAAAUAGCCCUUACACAGCCUGGAGGUGUGUUUUGGGUCAUUGUCCUGUUGAAAAACAAAUAGUCCCACUAAGCCCAAACCAGAUGGGAUGGUGUAUCGCUGCAGAAUACUGUGGUAGCCUUGCUGGUUAAGUGUGCCUUGAAUUCUAAAUAAAUCACAGACGGUGUCACCAGCAAAGCACCAUCACACCUCCUCCUCCAUGCUUCACAGUGGGAACCACACAUGCGGAGAUCAUCCGUUCACCUACUCUGUGUCUCACAAAUCUCAAAUUUGGACUCAUCAGACCAAAGGACAGAUUUCCACCGGUCUAAUGUCCAUUGCUCAUGCUUCUUGGCCCAAGCAAGUCUCUUCUUAUUAUUGGUGUCCUUUAGUAGUGGUUUCUUUGCAGCAAUUCGACCAUGAAGACCUGAUUCACGCAGUCUCCUCUGAACAGUUGAUGUUGAGAUGUCUGUUACUUGAACUCUGUAAAGCAUUUAUUUGGGCUGCAAUCUGAGGUGCAGUUAACUCUAAUGAACUUAUCCUCUGCAACAGAUGUAACUCUGGGUCUUCCUUUCCUGUGGCGGUCCUCAUGAGAGAUGGUUUUUGCGACUGCACUUGAAGAAACUUUAAAUGUUCUUGACAUUUUCCGGAUUGACUGACUUUCAUGUCUUAGUAAUGAUGGACUGUCGUUUCUCUUUGCUUAUUUGAGCUGUUCUUGCCAUAAUAUGGACUUGGUCUUUUACCAAAUAGGGCUAUCUUCUGUAUACCACCCCUACCUUGUCACAACACAACUGAUUGGCUCAAACACAUUAAGAAGGAAAGAAAUUCCACAAAUUAACUUUUAAGAAGGCACACCUGUUAAUUGAAAUGCAUUCCAGGUGACUACCUCAUGAAGCUGGUUGAGAGAAUGCCAAGAGUGUGCAAAGCUGUCAUCAAGGCAAACGGUGGCUAUUUGAAGAAUCUCAAAUAUAAAAUAUAUUUUCAUUUGUUUAACACUUUUUUGGUUACUACAUGAUUCCAUAUGUGUUAUUUUGUAGUUUUGAUGUCUUCACUAUUAUUCUACAAUGUAGAAAAUAUUAAGGAUAAAGAAGAACCCUGGAAUGAGUAGGUGUGUCCAAACUUUUGAUAAUGUUUGUAUCACAACUAAAGUGGCCAAAUAACUUCUUGAAAUUAAGCACAUUCAUCUGCUUUACAAGGGGUGUAGAGCUUAACUGGCAUACAUAAGCAGCGCGUGAGUUUCAAGUUUGGGCAAGAUCAUUUUCACCAUAAAAAUGUACCUUUUUAUAAUAAAAGCGUUACCUGCAUAAUCGCGUAUGACUUUUGAUAAUGGUGUUUUCCCGCUAAUGGAACAUUUCUGCUUAUUACUGCCAUGUGCACAUUGCUGCACUUAUAAUGUGAAGAAAUAGCCUAAUAGUUUAUCAACAUUUUAAGCUAAACGUUCUGAUCUGUUGUGUCAGCCACAUUGUGUAUACAGUGGGGGGGGAAAAGUAUUUAGUCAGCCACCAAUUGUGCAAGUUCUCCUACUUAAAAAGAUGAGAGGCCUGUAAUUUUCAUCAUAGGUACACAUCAACUAUGACAGACAAAUUGAGAGAAAAAAAUCACAUUGUAGGAUUUUUAAUGAAUUUAUUAGCAAAUUAUGGCGGAAAAUAAGUAUUUGGUCACCUAAAAACAAGCAAGAUUUCUGGCUCUCACAGACCUGUAACUUCUUCUUUGAGAGGCUCCUCUGUCCUCCACUCCGUUACCUGUAUUAAUGGCACCUGUUUGAACUUGUUAUCAGUAUAAAAUACACCUGUCCACAACAUCAAACAGUCACACUCCAAACUCCACUAUGGCCAAGACCAAAGAGCUGUCAAAGGACACCAGAAACAAAAUUGUAGACCUGCACCAGGCUGGGAAGACUGAAUCUGCAAUAGGUAAGCAGCUUGGUUUGAAGAAAUCAACUGUGGGAGCAAUUAUUAGGAAAUGGAAGACAUACAAGACCACUGAUAAUCUCCCUCGAUCUGGGGCUCCACGCAAGAUCUCACCCCGUGGGGUCAAAAUGAUCACAAGAACGGUGAGCAAAAAUCCCAGAACCACACGGGGGGACCUAGUGAAUGACCUGCAGAGAGCUGGGACCAAAGUAACAAAGCCUACCAUCAGCAACACACUACGCCGCCAGGGACUCAAAUCCUGCAGUGCCAGACGUGUCCCCCUGCUUAAGCCAGUACAUGUCCAGGCCCGUCUGAAGUUUGCUAGAGUGCAUUUGGAUGAUCCAGAAGAGGAUUGGGAGAAUGUCAUAUGGUCAGAUGAAACCAAAAUAGAACUUUUUGGUAAAAACUCAACUCGGGGGGGGGGGGGUGCUACACCAAUGCUAAUAACUAUAAGUUAAGGAUAACUAUAAGAAAUCUUAAGAUGUGUUAAAUAAAUGAUAUCCAGCUAUGCAUUUCACUUGCUACAUACAGUGAGGGAAAAAGGUAUUUGAUCCCCUGCUGAUUUUGUAUGUUUGCCCACUGACAAAGACAUGAUCAGUCUAUAAUUUUAAUGGUAGGUUUAUUUGAACAGUGAGAGACAGAAUAACAACAAAAAUGUUAUAAAUUGAUUUGUAUUUUAAUGAAGGAAAUAAGUAUUUGACCCCUCUGCAAAACAUGAUUUAGUACUUGGUGGCAAAACCCUUGUUGGCAAUCACAGAGGUCAGACGUUUCUUGUAGUUGGCCACCAGGUUUGCACACAUCUCAGGAGGGAUUUUGUCCCACUCCUCUUUGCAGAUCUUCUCCAAGUCAUUAAGGUUUCGAGGCUGACGUUUGGCAACUCGAACCUUCAGCUCCCUCCACAGAUUUUCUAUGGGAUUAAGGUCUGGAGACUGGCUAGGCCACUCCAGGACCUUAAAGUGCUUCUUCUUGAGCCACUCCUUUGUUGCCCUGGCCGUGUGUUUUGGGUCAUUGUCAUGCUGGAAUACCCAUCCACGACCCAUUUUCAAUGCCCUGGCUGAGGGAAGGAGGUUCUCACCCAAGAUUUGACGGUACAUGGCCCCGUCCAUCGUCCCUUUGAUGCGGUGAAGUUGUCAUGUCCCCUUAGCAGAAAAACACCCCCAAAGCAUAAUGUUUCCACCUCCAUGUUUGACGGUGGGGAUGGUGUUCUUGGGGUCAUAGGCAGCAUUCCUCCUCCUUCAAACACGGCGGGUUGAGUUGAUGGCAAAGACCUCGAUUUUGGUCUCAUCUGACCACAACACUUUCACCCAGUUCUCCUCUGAAUCAUUCAGAUGUUCGUUGGCAAACUUCAGACGGGCCUGUAUAUGUGCUUUCUUGAGCAGGGGAACCUUGCGGGCGCUGCAGGAUUUCAGUCCUUCACGGCGUAGUGUGUUACCAAUUGUUUUCUUGGUGACUAUGGUCCCAGCUGCCUUGAGAUCAUUGACAAGAUCCUCCCGUGUAGUUCUGGGCUGAUUCCUCACUGUUCUCAUGUUCAUUGCAACUCCACGAGGUGAGAUCUUGCAUGGAGCCCCAGGCCGAGGCACAUUGACAAUUAUUUUGUGUUUCUUCCAUUUGCGAAUAAUCGCACCAACUGUUGUCACCUUCUCACCAAGCUGCUUGCCGAUGGUCUUGUAGCCCAUUCCAGCCUUGUGUAGGUCUACAAUCUUGUCCCUGACAUCCUUGGAGAGCUCUUUGGUCUUGGCCAUGGUGGAGAGUUUGGAAUCUGAUUGAUUGCUUCUGUGGACAGGUGUCUUUUAUACAGGUAACAAACUGAGAUUAGGAGCACUCCCUUUAAGAUUGUGCUCCUAAUCUCAGCUCGUUACCUGUAUAAAAGAAACCUGGGAGCCAGAAAUAUUUUUGAUUGAGGAGGAGUCAAAUACUUAUUUCCCUCAUUAAAAUGCAAAUCAAUUCAUAACAUUUUUGACAUGCGUUUUUCUGGAUUAUUUUGUUGUUAUUCUGUCUCUCACUGUUCAAAUAAACCUACCAUUAAAAUUAUAGACUGAUCAUGUCUUUGUCAGUGGGAAAACGUACAAAAUCAGCAGGGGAUCAAAUACUUUUUUCCCUCACUGUAAGUGGCUAGAUGUCAAAAUCAAGCUUCUUCGUGACAGCAGACAUUCAAUUCCCUCCUAGAUCAAGAUCCCUGUUUUAUGUGCGAUUUCUAUUUAAUUUUUUUAUAGCGCCCCUUGUGUGCACUUCCGGUAAUACCGUAUACCUUGGUAUGGUACAGAAACGGAAUGAAAAUCUGGAUACCGCCCAACCCUAGUACACCAUCACAACAUCUUACUUUCAAACACUUAGAACUGCAUGUGUUUUUAUGUGUUUAUGACCUCAGGACAAAACAUGUUUUGUUAUUGUAGAAGCUUGCACUUCAAAGCUAUGUCCAUAUGUGUUGUUCAUUUUACUUGAUCAUUAGGAGAAGAAAUGCUUCAUAAAUGCCACAAGCUAAACAUCUCCAUAGAGACAAACCACUGUGCUUUGAAUGAGCUAAAUGUGGUUCUCCCUUUAAAUGCAUCUCUCUUGAGAUUGAUAAGAUAUUUGGUGCAAUAGUAGAGCGAGGGCCCUUACCUAAAAAAAUGACAUUCAAAGUUGUUCUAUGCUGUUUUAUUCAUUGAGGCAACAAGACCAAAAACAUAAGUGUAAAUAUAAGUGUUUUUGCUGUUAUGUCAUUGUCAGUGUGUCAGAUAUUAGUUGCAAUGCUUUCUUGACAAAAAGGAGGAUCUUUCAAUCAUGUUUGUGUCCUGCUGUAGGUGGGCCUCCCUGCCAUCGGCUUCUCCCCAAUGAACCGGACCCCCAUCCUGCUGCACGACCACAACGAAUAUCUGAACGAGCAGGUCUUCCUCAAAGGCAUUCAGGUGUAUGAGAACCUAGUGCCAGCAUUAGCCAAUGUGCCUGCUCUGCCUUGCGAUGCCUAGAGCAGCAAUUCUUAACUGGUGGGUGACCCUAAUUUGAUUUUUUUAAAAAUUUGCCACUCGAAUAUUGGGUCACGACUGAGGCAACCCAGUUAAAUGUGUGUCCCGAAACCAAACCAGUUGAGAACCUCGGCUACUUCACAUCCUGUGUCUCGUAACCUCUCCUUGGCACGUGUCGGUCUGAUCUGACACAUCUCACAGAUAACCAUCUGAAUUAUUCAAGAUUAGUUUUAGAAUAAUCCAGAAGGCAGCGCCAAAGAAUAAAAUGAGAUUACUUCAUCCAGAUAUAAUUUAUAAUAGUCCAAUUUAGCACUUCACAUUUGGCACUAUGCCUUCUGUAUGCAUAAAAUCUAUUUUAUUUUCUCUGACCAUACAUAGCAACUCAGGACACCGUUAUACCAUUGCAUUACACAACAUUGUAAUAACAGCCUUGUAACAACAUUAUACUUAAGAGAAUGUGUUUAAUGUGUCUGUGUAAGAGGUCUUGACAAAGGGUGUGAUCAUUCACUACUCUAAUCAAUGUAUGGAUUUAAGUCUUAAAUGCUUAUCAAAGAUGUAUUAGAGAUAAGCAACACGGUUAUAUCAGAUGACGCUCUUUGAAGUUGGUAAUUAAAAUGCUGCUUGAUCCAAACCUUGCACAGAAUUACUUCAGAUGUCCCUCCACAAUAUUACUUAUCCACUUAAACCUAGCAUCCACUAUCCCCUCAUUUAUUCUAGUUGAUCUGCCAUUUGCUCUUUGGACAACUUUCUAACAGCCAUUUGUUUAAAACAACUUAGAUUCACAGUUAGUGAAAUUGAGCUAUAGUGGAAAUAUAACAUUACAUUACAUUUGAGUCAUUUAGCAGACGCUCUUAUCCAGAGCGACUUACAGGAGCAAUUAGGGUUAAGUGCCUUGCUCAAGGGCACAUCGACAG